AUGAUUCGAAGAAAUUAUAUCACUGCUGCUGCUCCCUCAAUUCCGAACAAACCAGCAAUUCCAUAUCCUGUAGAUACCUCUGUUGGUCCAAUGCUUCGUUAUCAAAAGUCGCUUCCAAGGCUUCCUGUUCCUGCACUCUCCGAGACUUUGGAAAAAUAUCUUAAGAGUGUCCGAGCACUUACUAACGAAGAAGAAUACGCAAAAACACAAGCUAUUGUUACAGAAUUUCAGAAACCUGGUGGAAUUGGUGAAGAAUUGCACAAAAGACUCUUGGAAAAAGCAAAUAAUCCCAAUGUAAUUAAUUGGCUUGAAGAUUGGUGGAACGAGACUGCAUAUUUUGGUUAUAGGGAUCCGAUCGUCGUCAAUGUGAGCUAUUUCUAUGCUUAUAAAGACGAUAAACUUCGUAAAGACCCCGCAACUCGCGCUGCUGCCAUUAAUCUUAUUUUAAUUCAAAGACAACAAUUGGAACCAGAAUAUGCAAAAAACCUUCCUCUUUGCAUGUAUUCGUAUAAAUGGAUGUUUAAUGCAUGUCGCUAUCCGAAUAAACCUUCUGAUUUCGAAUUAACCUUUGACCCCGCAACCAAUAAUCAUAUGACUGUCAUCCGGAAAAACAAGUUCUUCAUUGUAGAUCUGGUUAAAGAUGGUAUACAACUUUCAACAGCUGAAAUAGAAAGCCAAAUAAGAAAGGUUUAUGAAUUGGCUGGUAAUACGAAAGAUCCUGCAAUUGGAGCUCUUACCACCGAAAACCGAGAUAACUGGACAGACGUUUCUAUAAGCUCAAAUGAACAACUAUUGAAAAAGAUAGAAAGUUCAGCUUUCGUCCUUUGUUUAGAUGACACUUCCCCCGUUACACGUGAUGAGAUUAGUCAUGCUUGCUGGGUUGGAGAUGGUCGUAACCGCUAUUUUGACAAGCCUUUACAAUUUGUAGUUUUUGAUAAUGGAAGAGCAGGAUUCAGCGGUGAGCAUUCUUCUAUGGAUGGGACACCAACGAGCAGAUUAAAUGAUUUUGUUUGUGACGUAAUUGCCAAGAACAAAAUUAAUUAUGGUUCUCCUAAUGUUCGUUCUAAUCUAUCUGAACCUGAGCAACUUCAUUUUACUUUGAACAAUGAUGUUCUUAAUGCUAUCACAAAAGCUGAAAGUAACUUUGAUUCCCUUGUUGCAAAGCAUGAUUUACGAGUAUUAGCUUACCAAGGAUAUGGUAAAAACGGUAUCAAGAAAUUGGGAUUCUCACCAGAUGCAUAUGUACAAAUGAUCAUUCAAUUGGCAUAUUACAAGAUGUACGGGGUUAGUAGAUCAACAUAUGAAAGUGCUCAGACCAGAAAAUUUGCUCAUGGCAGAACUGAAGUUUGUAGAUCUACAUCAGUUGACUCUGUUAAUUGGGUAAAAGCUAUGGAAGAUUCAAAAGUUCCAUCACACGUAAAAUACAUGUCCGAAGCUGUCGAAGGACGUGGUUGUGACAGACAUUUAUUCGGUGAGCCAGGAGAGAAAAAACCAGCAAUAUUUACUGAUCCUACAUACAUUAAGUCAACGCAUUGGUAUCUAUCAACCUCUCAACUUUCAUCAGAAUAUUUUGUCGGAUAUGGAUGGGGAGAAGUAGUUCCUGAUGGAUAUGGCAUUGCAUAUCAAGUUAAUGCCAAUGUGAUAAGCUUUAAUGUUGUUUCAAUGCAUUUGAACAAUGAACGAAUGUGUCAUUAUCUUCGAGAGGCAGCAGAUGAGAUGAAAGAGCUAUUUGAACAUACACAGGCAAAGGAAGGCCAUGUUCCAGCAAAAUUAUAG